AAAGAGCAUUUUUGAAACAGUCUUCUAGUCUUUUUGGUUACCAAGAUUGGAUGGCUUUUUGAUUUAGAAGUGAAUGCUCUAGCUUGAUUGAUGCCUCAAAUUCGUCAUGUGUUGAAGAUGUGGAAUUUUAACUCUUGGUUUUAAAUGAAUAAGCCAUAUGAGGAUCUACGUGUUAUUCGUGUGUGUUCAUUUGGUUUGCGCAAAGACGAACGAACAUCAUGGAAUUCAAAAAGACUUAGAACCACAAGACGUAAAAGAUGUGUUUUUCAAGCAUCCGCAUCAAGAUUCUAAAUCGGGAUCAUCUUAUAAAGGCAUUAAAUUGACCAAGGAAGAUUCCAACAAUGAAGAACAAUUAAUCGCAGGUAGAUUUAGUCCCACAGGAUGGGUCACCAAAUGUCGUGGCUCAGAAUGCAUCAGUACUACCAACAGCAACAGGGCUGGCAACUUUCUUAAUAAAGCUCUAGAUGUUCUAGAUAAGUAUGGUGCACAGAAAAGUGGUCAGCACCACCCGACCAAAAAGCAAGAUAGGACAUCGUCCAAUUCACUGGCUACGCUCCUUGCAACUACUUCCGGGGUAAUUGGAAACGACAAAGAUAACAACGCAUCAAAGCCUAAGGAAACCAAGACAGAGACAAAGAAAUCCCAUGGUAAAAUGGAAAAUAUUGAUGAGACCAACAUGAAAAGGCAAGGGUGGUUUGAAGGGAAUCAAGCUAUGAACAACGGAAUGGUCAAUGGAAUGGGGAACAAUAUACAUACACUACCAGGUCACCACAAUGGGCCUUUGGCAACGAACACUAUGGGCAUGCACUAUCAUGGACCACUUGGGGCGCAUAUGGUGUCUCCAGUUAUACAUAACAUAGGUAUACAUGAGCAUGGCUUUUACCAGCCUCAUGCAGGAAUGCACAAGAGUAUUCAUGUUAUGGAUCCUUCGUAUGGCAAUACGGAACAUGGCAAUACAGGCAAUGUAGGAACGAUUGCACAUUUUCACCAGCCAUUGCCUUUUCCUGUUAUAGGGCCUCCUAUCGCCCAUGGCCACGGGCACUUUCAUUCGCCAGCUUUACCAAAUUUUGGAUUAAACCCACCUAUCAUUCAUCAUCAUCAUGCUGCAACUCAUAUCAGCGAACCGGUCGUGCACUUAAAAGGAAACCUUAAUAUGCUGCUGGAUGGGCCUGUCCCACCCUAUCCAGAAAUGCCUAUUCCAGGACCGAUGCCUGGAAUACAUGGUCUUCCUGUCAAUCAUGUGCCUGUUCCAGUGCCGGUACCUGGACCACCAGAAAUACACCGUAUUCCAGUAUCAGUUCCUGGACCGCCUGAAGUGCGUCCUGUUAUGGUUCCUGUACAGUCUCCACCAAUUAUCCAAAGGGUUCCAUUUCCUGUGCCAGUUCAGUCUCCUCCACAAAUACACAAUGUGCCAGUCCCAGUAGCAGUUCCUGUCCAAUCGCCACCAAAAAUCAAAGAAGUACCUUAUCCAGUAAGAGUUCCUGUCAAACAGCCACCUGUUAUACAAAGGUUUUUCUACCCUGUUGGCGUACCACAACCUGGCCAAGUUCACCAUGUACCGUAUCCUAUUUAUAUCCGACAGCCUCCUGAGAUUCGACGAGUUCCGUACCCUGUUCGUAUCCAAUCACCACCCGAAAAGGUUCCCAUUCCGGUGCCAUCAGAGCCAGAAGUCUUUGUGCAGCGUGUUCCUUACCCAGUCAUAAUUCCUCAGCCAGGACCAACACAUGAAGUUCAUMAUCACCAUCAACAUUAUAUUGUAACACAAAAUGGUCACUGUAAUAUCAAUCCUUGUAUAAAUGGUGGAACCUGUACGGCUUUUGAGGACUCUUAUAGAUGCCACUGUCAAGACGGUUUCAAAGGUCUUCACUGCGAAGAGCAAAGCAAAUGUCAUCCAAAUCCAUGCAGGAAUUUAGGCACGUGCACAGAAGUGGAGAAAGAAUAUGAAUGCACUUGUCAACCAGGAUACAAGGGCACAAACUGUGACAUAACCGAUCCCUGCUCUCCUUCGCCUUGUAAAAAUGGUGGAACUUGUGCCCAAGUUGGUUCCUCCUAUACCUGUGACUGUCGCAUUGGAUGGAUAGGAAAGGACUGUGGAAUUGAAGCCAAAUGUCUUCCUAUAAAUCCUUGUCAAAAUGGAGGAACAUGUACCGAAGCGCUUGGGUCAUAUCACUGUAAUUGUAUAUCUGGCUGGCAAGGCCUUAGCUGUGAAAUUUCAGCACCAGAUCCGUCAGACUCCUUAGGACAGCCAAGAGGUGGAUGUUAUAACUGCGAUCCGCACGCUUACUGCGAAGAUAACACAUGCGUGUGUACAGAGGGUUACAUAGGAGACGGCUACACUUGUGACUUUGUUCCACAAGCAGUUCACGAUAAAAGAGUUUUCAUAGUUGGGAAACUAAUGAGAAGAAAAAACGCGAAAGUCAUACCCAACUUUUCCAGCAAAAGGUACCAACUACCUAAAGCAAGGACAAAAGACGCCACAAAAGGAUCGAGAAAGCAAGUGCAUCCACCUCACUCGACUUCUUAUAGUGCGCAGAAGUCAAAGCAAUGAAAAAAUUCGAGGAAUGAACUCACGCCUAUUCAUUAUCACAGAUAUUUUCGGAUCAAAUUUGAGUUUUUUGGAAGCUGCAUCGUCGAUUUUGAAAAGCUUGGGUGUUACAAAAGGCUCAGGUACCUUUUCAGUAUGGCAGUCGUUAGCAAGUUUUAAUGUCAUCAUUUUUAAAAUUUUGAUUUUGCUGACGCAACAUGAACGCUAAAUUUUACCGAGGAAGUCCUUUCAAAGAACUGCUCUUUCACUUUAUAUAGCUGCCAUAACUGCUUGGUUUGAGUUUCUUGGAAGCUGCAUCAUCGAUUUUGAAAAGAAUGGGUGUUACCAAAAGGCUCGGGUACCUUUCAGUAUGGCCGCAGCCAGCAAGUUUUAAUGUUAUUAUAUUUAAAGUCUCGAUUUUGCUGACACAACAUAAACGCUAUUUACCGAGGAAGUCCUCUCACGUUGCAAAGGCCUGCUCAGUCAUUUUAAAUAGCUGCCAUAACUGCUUGGUAGCUCUAUGAUAGUGGACCUAUUAUUAUGAUUGUUAGCAUUAAUAGUAUCAAGUAUUAGUAUCGGAGGCACUUGAAAGAACCAUGCACUUUGGACGCAAAGAAACCCUGGCAGUAAAUGCCCUCAGUGUCUACACCUCAUACUAACCACCUCUCUGGAUUGUCAGCGUUUUUGAUUAUAUAUACAUAGGAAGGUUAUAGGAAGGGCUCCCUAUAUCAAUAAAUCAUUAUCAAUGAUUUUAAUUCUAAAUGGCAUGUUCGAUUUGAUAACGGCCCAGCAAUAAAGAAACAAGUAAUGCCUUAAGUUGAAAUUAUUUAUCGGAAUAAACACUCAAUUCACAAUUUUCUAUCAAUAUUUUGUACAUAUUUACUACUCAAUGUUUGAAAAAUCUAAUCUACCAAAAUUGUGAAGUAUCAAUUGACUAUCAGAACUAGCUGUUAUCAUGCCCGAGUUAUCUCAUAGACUCUUUAUCAUGCAAUACAAUUAAAACAUAAUAAAACAUUGAUCCGUA